UGCCGCCGGCGCCGCCGCUCGCCCGGGCACCCAUCCCCGGCCUCACGCCGCGAGAUGGGGGCCGCGCGCGACGAGGCCGGCCUAGCCGCCGCCUCCUCCUCGCACACGCGCCCCCGUCCCUCGUCCUCCCGCAUCCCAGCCCCCGCUCGCCCCCGACCUCUCCCUCCCUCGCACCUCGCCGGCCCGCCCACGUCGCCGCCGCCGAUGCCCCUCGGAUCCCACCACGGUGGACCUUCUCCUCGUCUCCCUCGCUCCCGUCCCCCCUCUCCUUCCCUCGGAGCCCCAGCAGAGGGAGGACGAGGAGCACAACGACGACGAUGGCGGGGAACAGCAGUAGGCAGCAGCAGGUCGCGAGCGACGAGCAACAGCGGAGGGAGGACGAGGAGCACGACGGCGGCGGUGGCAGAGAGUGGUGUACGGCGCCGCCAGGGCCGUGCUGGAGUGGCUGAUGCGUCGGCCGCAUCCGCCGAGGAGCCGGCUGCUAGCCCUGGCCCGUUUCCUCCUCCCUCGGGAUUUGAUCCAGACAGGUCCACCGGGCCCUCCGGGGUUCCACGGUUGCACGGGCCAGCUCGGCUGCGACGGACGCUGCUGCCGCCGGCCUCGGCCGCCGCGCGACCGUGUGGAUGGCGCUCGCCGUGUCCCUAUCCGCGCCCGCCUACUACACGGCGCCGCCCCCAUCAGUGUCGGCGCUCACGGAGAACCUGCUGUUCCUGGAGGCGUGGCAUGUGGUCGACCACGGCUACUAUUACAAGUCCUUCAACGGGCAGAGCUGGUUCAGAUGCGGCGAUUAAGAAGAUGCUUGCAACAUUGGAUGAUCCGUUCACUCGGUUACUGGAACCCGAGAAAUUCAAAAGUUCGCGGUAAGUCUGGCACGCAAGGUGCCCUCAUGGGUGUAGGUUUAUCCAUCGGCUAUCCAUUGGCGCCUAAUGGAUCAACUACAAGGCUAUCUGUAAUGUCAGCUGCCCCACGGGGUCCUGCAGAAAAGGCGGGCAUCGUGUCUGGAGACGUUAUUUUGGCAAUUGACGAUGCAAGUGAGCAAGACAUCUGGGUCCUGAGAAGCUCAGUAGAUUUGACUAUUCUCAGUGGAGCUGAUACCAGACAUUUUGUUUUGAAGAGAGAAAGAUAUACUUUAAACCCGGUAAUGUCAAGGAUGUGUGAGAUUCCAGGUUCAGAGGACAGCUCAGAGAUCGGUUACAUCAAAUUAACAACAUUUAACCAAAAUGCUGCAGGAUCCGUGAAGGAAGCCAUUAAGAAAUUAAGGGAGAACAAUGUAAAGGCCUUCGUGUUGGAUCUGCGGAAUAACAGCGGUGGCCUUUUUCCUGAAGGGAUUGAGAUUGCGAAGAUUUGGAGGGACAUUGUUUUUAGCUUUAGACGAUUCAAUUAUUCAAGUGGAUAUAAGAUGUAGAAAAACAAUAUUAAAGGAUGUCAGCUGAUUCUUUUCCAAGCAAGGACGAUACGUUCUUCGUAAAGGUAAUUUUCUUCAUAUGGACCGUAGUAGCACAUAUCUUAUUAAAUGUCUCUGCCAUCAGUGUGAUUGAUUUCCCUUUGAUGAGGUGCAUCGUGCUCAUUGAUGAGUAGAUUCCGCCAAAUGUUUUUUUUGAUGCAAUUGCUAUUGGAGGAUAUCAUUUCUUCUUUUAUCACAUCAUGUCUGCACAUUUGGGACUUCAGCACACUGUUAAAAAUGGAGUUGACUGUGUUCCAAGGUGCUAACCAGACCAACAAUAUUUUUGUAGGCAUAUACAAAUAGAAAGAAUAUAUGAUCUGACCUCAUUUCUUAAUCCUACAGUAUCUUGCUGCAUUAGCGUACAAGCUGUUACAUACGAAUAUGGAUUGACUGAUAGUUUUGGGAUAAAUGGGACAAACAUAGGGUUGCAGAUUGUAAAUCCGAGUUUUUUUUCGCAAAUCAAUUUGACACCAAUCCUUAGAAAAAUAUAUUAUUUCUCUUGCAUAGAUUGCUUCAUGAGAGGCAAAGAUAGGAAGAGAGAUUCCAAAGGGAGCAAAGGCGGGAACAUGAGCGCAUGAAGUUCUUGCAGAAGCAAUCUAGACGAGCAGAGAAACAAAGACAAAAGGAGGAAUUCAGAAAAGAGAAAGAGAUGACGAGGCAGAAGGCUGCUAAUGAAAGGGCCACAUCACGAAGAAUUGCACGGGAGUAUAUGGAGCUUGUGGAAGAUGAGCGCUUGGAGCUAAUGGAAUUGGCUGCGCAAAGCAAAGGGUUACCCUCAAUGCUUUGUCUUGAUAGUGACACAUUGCAGCAGGUGGAGUCAUUCCGAGUGUGCAUGUGUUGCGAGCAGUGAUCAGCAUAGCUGAUUCAUCACUGCUGGUCCUUUUGGUGCGACUAUGGCUGGACUAUUGAUCUUCAUGAUGAAGAAAUGGCCAUAGCCAUGGGGAUCUUCCUGUUGCAGGUCGAGGCUGCCACGUAUUGUACCACUGUCGCGCCCAACAUCGAGGAGUGCGGCAGCACCGUGGCCAGGGCCAUCGCGUCCGGUGCCAAGAACGUGGCCAAGGGGAUCCUAUGGUACGGGGUGGUAACCGUGGACAGGCUCCACUUGGCGAACGAGGUCAGCCCGGAGAUGCUCGGGCAUAUCAAAAUGCUUCAUGUGCGUAUAUGUGACUAUUUGCUUAUGAUGAACUUGAGGACAGUCGUUAAGGUAUUCAUGGUGGAGGGAAAGGUUGAUGUUGGUCUUGGUCCUAUUUGUAAGUUUCUCACACUACUCUUUUUAUUAACGCAUGAUUCCUUACGAAAUGGUAACACUAUCUCUAUUAUAAACUGAACACUAAUGAGAAAAAGGGCAGCCCAGUGCAUGUAGCUCCCGCUUGCGCAGGGUCUGGGAAAGGGUCCGACCACUUUGGGUCUAUUGUACGCAGCCUUUCCCUAUAUUUCUGUAAGAGGCUGUUUCCAGGACUUGAACCCGUGACCUCAUGGUCACAAGGCAGCAGCUUUACCACUGCGCCAAGGCUCCCCUUCAAACUGAACACUAAUGAGAAUUGUACUUAAUACUUCUGUGAGGACCACUUUUCUCAGCAGUUUCCUUAUAAUGUUUUCCUUCAUUUCCAAUGGACUGGUGAGAUGCAACCUGCUUGGAAUUCAAGGAAGAAGGGCAUUUCGAACGAAGAAAUCAGAUGAUGAAUUUAUCCCUGGAUGUUUAUGCCCGGAAGGAGGAGGCAUACCAAUGAUAGUUUGAAUCAAACUAAUAGAAUACGCCACCAUCGAUUAUGGUGUCGAGCGACUAAAAUGUGCUCCGCAGGACACGCACAGCCGCCGCCACACCACACCGCAGAGACAGACGAGGAUGUGAUGCUGCUCCUUCUUUGGUGUAUGCGUCGGCGUGGCUUGUGGUAGUGAGGCAUAUCCUCGUGGGUAAUGCUAUUUGAAGACCAUUCAAGUGAUUUAAAAGAGAAGAUGUCCAGAAUGUAACGAGGUUGAAGAUGACGAUCAAAAGAUUGACGUAUUAAGCGACUGUCAAGAUGCCAAUAAUGCUUGCCCCCUGCCAUUAUUAGUAAUACCCUUGCUCUUCUUUAUGAAAUCUUUCCUAUUAUAUAUUGAUGCAUCAACUAUCAUUGUAGAUCGUGAGAUCCCUAUUUACAUGGAUGACUCAGCGGGUGGCCUGUACAGAGUUGCGUGGCAGGCAUAUGUUCCCAGCCAGCUUAUCAAUUGUAGGCUUAGAAUGAUUUGCUUGGUCCCAAGUGUUGUUCAUCGACGAUUACUUUGUAUGUCCAUGGUGAUUCUGAAUUUAGAGGACACGUAUGUUUUGGUAGGAAGUGUAUUGUUCUUAUGUUUUUUCCUGGUGUAUACUGACUCGUGCAGAUUAUGAAAUCCCUAUUUAAUGGAUC